CUUCCGCUUCCGGUCCGUGCCCUUGGGGCUCCGUGUCCUGCUGCCUUUCCGUCUGCUGCCUAGUCUGCGUCUGGGUAACAUGGCGGCGGCGGCGACUGCAGGAGCUAGGCUGUGGUGGCGUGGAAUCGUGGGGGCCGCGGCGCUGACCAGGGGGGCUGGGCGACCCUCAGUUCUGUUGCUGCCGGUGAGGCGGGAGAGCGCCGGGGCCGACACGCGCCCCACUGUCAGACCACGGAAUGAUGUGGCCCACAAGCAGCUCUCAGCUUUUGGAGAGUAUGUGGCUGAAAUCUUGCCCAAGUAUGUCCAACAAGUUCAGGUGUCCUGCUUCAAUGAGUUAGAGGUCUGUAUCCAUCCUGAUGGCGUCAUCCCAGUGCUGACUUUCCUCAGGGAUCACACCAAUGCACAGUUCAAAUCCCUGGUUGACUUGACAGCAGUGGAUGUCCCAACUCGGCAGAACCGUUUUGAGAUUGUCUACAACCUGUUGUCUCUGCGCUUCAACUCACGGAUCCGUGUGAAGACCUACACAGAUGAGUUGACACCCAUUGAGUCCGCUAUCUCUGUGUUCAAGGCAGCCAACUGGUAUGAAAGGGAGAUCUGGGACAUGUUUGGAGUCUUCUUUGCUAACCACCCUGAUCUAAGAAGGAUCCUGACGGAUUAUGGCUUCGAGGGACAUCCUUUCCGGAAAGACUUUCCUCUAUCUGGCUAUGUUGAGUUACGCUAUGAUGAUGAGGUGAAGCGGGUGGUGGCAGAGCCGGUGGAGUUGGCCCAAGAGUUCCGCAAAUUUGACCUGAACAGCCCCUGGGAGGCUUUCCCAGUCUAUCGCCAACCCCCGGAGAGUCUCAAGCUUGAAGCCGGAGAUAAGAAGCCUGAAGCCAAGUAGCUCCAGGGAAGGCAUGUGGAUCCUAGACAGCACCUUAUCUAAGAUUGAGUGUCGGUGUAAAUAAAAAUUCCUACUUAGACUCAC